AUGAUAGAACUAUAAGCCGAAUGUUUGAUGCCAAUUAGUGAUAUUAUACCAUUUGUUGCAUCCUCUAAAUUAUGGUCAAUCUUGCAUUAUACUUCCCUUUCACCUGAACAAGUUUUUAAUUAUUAAACCUCCCAUGUUUCGAAUGUGAUAACUAGAAUUCUAGGAUCAUUAAUAGCAAUCCAAUAAAAAUGUAAUUCAAAUAGAGAGGAUGGGGCUACUGCAAUACUACUUAUUUUGAAUCCUUUCAAUUAUUUAUCAUAAUUAAUUACUAGUUGUUGUGAUUGAGCUAACUCUUCCUAUAAACCCACCGAAAAGG